CGAUGCCCCACAGCAGCGAGAGGGUGGGAUCAGGAUACAAAGAGGCAAAGAGCUAGCUAGUCAGCUAGUCAAUACCCCAGACCGCACGAUUGACGAUGCGAUUGAUCAUCUCGGACCCCGGAUCGGAGACCCACAGCUACUCAACCGGAGCACCGAGAUCAUGUCUAAGCAGAAGGAAAGCGGACCGAUUCGGAUUCAGAGAGCCUGUGAUGAAUGCAGACGAAGAAAGAUCCGAUGCGAUGGCUACCAAGACAAGAAACGACAAGUUUGUACACAUUGCAGAGACUUUGAGCUCGCUUGCAACUACCUUGGAUCAGCUGCAAUCAAGCGGACAACACCUGCUGGCUACACCGAAGCUUUAGAAAAGCAGAUCAAGUUGCUAUCGGCUGAAUUUCAACGACUACACCCCGACCUUGAUCUGUCCCACGUCGUCGGUCCGAAAUUGGACCGUCGUAGCUUCGACAAACAGGCUUUCGCAUCUCGGAUCAAGCAGAUUGAGAGGUCUUCCACAGCUGCCGCUCAUACCCCUGGCAACAGCAAACACGCCUCAUUGCCGGACAUAGCUAUCUCCACAAAUGACGAUGCCACCCCGGAAGAUAUGGUGAUGCCUUGGGAGUCUCAUUCUGGCGGAUCGGAACAAGACAUGUCGGACCAGGAAGAGGAUGCAUUAGCACUCGAGGAUGACGAGAAAUUGAUGGUAGAGAUCUCGCACCUAGACCAGAUCGAAGGGGAUCCUUAUCGAUACCUGGGUCGGUCUUCCUUGCCUCGGCUUGCCAUCAUCGGCAUGGCUCGGACCGCCCAGAACGGCGUCACACAGACCAGACAGAGACGAAAUCCAGCCUAUUGGAGCGCUACCCCUUGGCAGAGAAGCGUAUCGCAUAUCUGCGUACAUCCUCUUGACCACUCGACGUGGCCUCCAUUAGACCUCGCACCUCGCUUGUUGAGAGCUUAUUUCCAAAAUCACAACAGCCUUCUUCCUAUUCUGGCCGAGACGUCGUUCAUCAGGGAUUACGAAGCCGAUCGGUGGAAGUACGACUCUACCUUUGCGAGGGUCUGCUUGAUGGUCUUUGCGCUAUCUUCGAUCGUGGUGAAGGAUGACGAGCGCGUGUUGUGGUCGUCAGCGAAUUCUUCGGGACACGAUCGUCAUCACUCGGCUGGAUGGAGCUAUGCUGGAGAGGCCGUGAGGAUGGGAAGGGGAUCUUCGGAUAUCGCCCGACUAGAGGAUAUCCAGUUCGAAGCCUUGAUGACAUCGUUCUUGGCUCAGAAUGGAGACACCUCGGCCGCUUGGCAACACGUUGGAACCGGUUUGCGCUACGCUGUCGACCUAGGCGUCCACGUACGAGCCGCUUUCAUAAGGUUCAGGAACCCAGUCCUUUUCGAGCUACAUACCCGCGUCUUCUGGGUCUUGACGUUUUGGGAUAGGAUUCUUAGCCCAUUCUUUGGCAGACCGCUGGUCUUGUCACAGAACGACUUCGACGUCGAUCGCCCGACUGAAAUUGAUGAUAUCUACUGGAGACCCUUGAGUCUCGGUCAGCAACCUGAAGCCGUCAUAAGCGACAUCGUAGGCUUCAACGUCCUGCUCGACGUCACCGAGGUACUGGCUAGUCUCCAAGAGAAAGGCAAGAACCUAACAGCGCCGGGACAUCGAUCAGCUUCGAGAGCAGGUCAACAAGCAGUCUAUCAAGCUUACGACGGUCUGGUCGCAAGGUGCUACGACCGGCUGGCAGAGAUACAAGGGAGGUUGCCAUCGCACUUACUAUGGGAUGAAGAUCCGACCAGUCCGUGGUUCUUACAGCGCUGCUCAAUACAUGGCAUCAUCUCAUACGCCCAGAUUUCAAUCGACUCGCCAUAUCCCGACUAUACGAAACACCACGAAUGGGCUGCGAGGCCGGAACUGCGCCGACGAGCCGUUCAGGCAGCCAUGCGAGGAGUUGAUAUCAGUUUGAAGCAAGCUCAAGGCGAAAAGAUCAACCACCUUACAUGGGUCCCGCUUACAGCGUUCUCCUGCUUGCUGGCGGCGCAGAUUCAAUCCAAUAUGUCUGGUCCGAUCCAAGAUCGAGAAAGGGAUGGAUUGGACGAGGCUGUCGACAAGUGUCUGGAUGCGUUCACCAUGGCUCGCCGCUGGUGUGCUGGCUGGGGGAAGAUACGCGAUCUAUUCCAAGGCUUUACAGCUGCCUUUAGGGAUUCACAAGCGGGUCCAUCGAACGUAUCGGCGUCAUCCAGUACAGCAACGAUACCACCGGUAUACCCUAGUCAUCAUCUAGCCGACGACCCCGAGAUGGCUUUUCUGCUCGAACUCGCAGCGUUUUCGAACCCAACUUCCUUUUUACAAACCGAGUUGUAAAAUAUGCUAAGACGAAGCUUGCGCUUCGCGAGAUCAAGAUCCUAGGCUUGACGUCAGGCGACCGCAAUGCGAACUCCCGCUGCAGAGAAUCGUCUGGCUUGCCGAAGACAAGUUUCUCAUAGGACAAUGGUAUGAUAGAUUGUGCUGC